UUAGUCAUUUAUUAAAAUACGUCGGUCACAGUUGAACUCAAUUUGCAUCGAGUAUUUGUUCAGUUGAAGUGUUUUGUGAUUUCUUUUUUUUAUCCAUCACAAAACAAUAUACAAAAUGGUUAACAUCAUGGCUGUAAAUCCUAUUAUUGCAUUAUCGACUUUAAAUUUAUUGUUUUAUUUACUGUUCAUGGCUGCAGUGUUAUGGUAUGUAUACUUUCGAAUUACACACAAGGAGAUGAUAGAGUUGGCUAGUAAGAUUCAAGGGCUAGAAGGAUUACCAAUUUUUGGUGUGGCUUUCCAGGCUAUAUGGACGGAUCCUCACACACUAUUUAUGAAGUUGUUAGAAAUAAGUUAUACUUUUGAUAUAAGAAAACCGAUAAAAGGAUGGCUAGGAACUAGAUUAGGAAUCUUUUUAUUAGAUCCUGAUGACAUAGAAGUGAUUCUUAGUAGCUAUGUGUAUAUUGAUAAGUCUCCUGAAUAUAAAUUUUUUGAACCAUGGUUAGGAAAUGGACUUUUAAUUAGUACGGGUGAAAAAUGGAAAGCACAUAGAAAACUGAUUGCGCCUACUUUUCAUUUAAACGUAUUGAAGUCAUUCAUAACACUGUUCAAUAUUCAUAGUAGAGACACUGUCGUCAAAUUGAUGAAACUGAAUAACAAGGAAUUCGACAUUCAUGACUAUAUGAGCGAAUGCACAGUUGAAAUAUUGUUGGGUAAGAAGCUUUAUGCUCUUUUAACCAGGGAUUUAUUUAAGAUUUUCCACAUUAUUUUUUGA